UCGCGGAACGGGGGCUGCAGUGCGCAGGCGCAGGCCGGCGCGGCGGCGUGGUCCCCAUGGCGCUGCAGUAGCGGUGCUGGCGGCGUGGGAGCCGGGAUGAGCGAGUCCGAGGCGGACCGCUGGGCGUGGCUGCUGGUGCUGAGCUUCGUGUUCGGGUGCAACGUGCUGCGGAUCCUCCUGCCGUCGCUGUCCUCCUUCGUGUCCAGGGUGCUGCAGAAGGAUGCAGAACAGGAGUCGCAGAUGAGGGCGGAGAUCCAGGACAUGAAGCAGGAGCUGUCCACUGUCAACAUGAUGGACGAAUUUGCCAGAUAUGCCCGGCUGGAAAGAAAGAUCAACAAAAUGACGGACAAGCUCAAAACUCACGUGAAAGCACGGACAGCUCAGCUGGCCAAGAUCAAGUGGUUUAUAAGCGUCGCCUUUUACAUACUGCAGGGACUGACGGAUGUGAGGCCUCUGCCACAUCUUCCUCCAGGCAGCGUUGAUGAUCUCGCUCAUCUGGAAGUAUUACUCCGUUCCCGUGGCCGUGGUGCCCAGCAAGUGGAUCACCCCGCUCGACCGCCUGGUGGCCUUUCCUACUCGAGUGGCAGGUGGAAUUGGAAUCACCUGCUGGAUUUUAGUCUGUAAUAAAGUUGUGGCUGUUGUACUCCACCCCUUCAGCUGAGCGGAGGGUGUGCGGCUACAGAACUUUACCAGAAGGAUUCCGACGACCACACAGAAGCCCACAGGCUCUUGUUUUUGUGUUUUGGAAUAUGUUUGUUUUUGUCUGUCACCCGGGAGUCUUGUUCAAGUCAGGAUUUUCUACAGUUGUUAUUGAGCCAGAAAAAGACCGGUAUGACAGUUAGUGUAUUGUUGACAUAGUUCUGGACCUCUGUGGGCUGUGAACCGUCAAGUGGCAUUUGCAUGCUGGCGCUUGCUCUGAGCAUGGUUGGGUUUUGCUGCCAGCUGCAGAGACUUUCCUAACAACUCCAAUAGUGCCAUUUUUGUUUUGUUUUUGUUUUUGCACCACACACAAAACACUUCAGUGUUGUAGAAGACAUGGACAUGAUGUUCACAUCAGUAGUUUCUGCAGACAGGACCUAUGGUCCUGGGAGGGUGAGGUCCCUCCCCAGGGCACCUGCAGGCAGUGCUCUGCCCUCAUGUGAUGCCGCCGCAUCUGGGUCCCGACACACAACACACAUCGUGCAAGGGAGAACCAAGUCCACAGCUGUCUUCUCUCUGGCCUUCACACUUGGUGUCGUGAACACACACACACACGCACACACGAACAGUCUUUAGUCCUGUACAUUUGGGAUCCCUUUGGAAUAGACUAUCCCUUUAGAAGAGACUUACAGGUCUGGAUUUGGGAUGGUGUUAGGAUCGUGCACCGCCCCAUACCCUUGACCGCUCUGUUUCUGUACACGUUGGCUAUGCAGAGUGAUGACUUUAUGUCAGUUUGAAGAAAUUCCUCAUUUCUCACAGCAGUUUAUGGGGGAUGACAAACUCAGAAUGUUUCUGUGUUAUGUGCAUUCAGCCUUGUGUUAUACUGUCAGCUGGCAAAUUGUUCCGUAUGCGUUACGCUCCGUGGACACAUCCUAUCUGAACGUCUUCCCGGGUGCAUCUUAUGCAAUGCUCUCAGACUGAACCCCAGAUUACCCCAGACCUUCUCUGGAAUGAUACAUAGAAAUCUUUUUGGAAA